GGAAGUGGUGUCCAAGGACUCGAAGGAUGAAGACCGACGGUAAUCGAUUGACGCGCCCGGGCACCGGGCUCAGCUCCGGCCUGCCACAGCCGGGCACGGCCGCCCUCCGACCUGCAGGCGUCCAAGUGCCCAGGACCUCCGCCCAGCACCUCCUCACCCCGAGACUCCGGCUGCCAGCCGCGUGGCUGGAGAACAGGUUUCUGGUGCCGCCCCCUGGGGCCCGGGCGGGCCUUCCGAAACCGACCCUCCGCUUCAGCCAGCCUCUCAGCCCCCGGCUGCCUCUGGGCCUCGGCGCCAGGAGGGGUGGUCUGCACGGCCUCUACUCCCUCGCCCACAAACCAGAGCCUCGGCAGCUAGAGCCGGAAUGCCAGCCUGAGAGCCGAGCCGAGGGCACCAUCGACAGCAGGCAGCAGGCCUGGGAAGUCCCGGCCGAGUUGUCUGAGCCGCUGCCUGCCUACGACCUGUCGAAUGAGAAGUACGAGGACCUGGAGCAGGCCCGGGGGGACCUGGCCGAUGAGGAGCUGCGAGACAUUGCAGACCCCUCGCAGAACCGGGACGCCGUGUUGAGGCGGAAGAAGGUGCAGCUCUUGAACGAGGUUUGCUGCUCUCUCAUCAAAGGGGUGAACUUCGCUGAGAAGGAAGAUGCCACCCGUGAAAGGCUGCAGGUCCUGUGCGAGGAGAUCGCGCAGCAAGAUCCCGAGUUUCUCCUGAAGGUUGCCCUGUACACGCGGCAGGAACUGAACAUCCGCAGCACUGCCAACUUCCUGUUGGCGCUGAGCGCCUGGCUCCCGCCCUCGAGGCCUCACCUGCGCCGCUAUUUCUGCCAGGCCGUUCGGCUGCCUUCGGACUGGAUCGAAGUGGCGCAGCUGUACCAGAGCUUGGCAUCGGACACCGGGAGCCUGGCCCCGUACCCCUCGUGUCUGCGGCAGUCUCUCUCCGAUCGGUUUAAAGGGUUCGAUGAGUACCAGUUGGCCAAGUACAACAGCAGGAGGCAACGCUGCAAGAACAGCCCGAGGAAACUGCGUGAAUCCUCUCCGACUGCGAAUGAGACAAAGCCAAGAAACCAUUUCUCUCUGAAGAAGCUGGUUCGUUGGCUACACUUGAAGGAGCCGGCCUAUCACAUCAUGUGUCUGUUGGGGCGAAGGUGA